GGCGCGGGGAGGGGGCCGGGCGCGUGGUGGGCCCCGCGCGCCCUCGCGCGUCCCCCGCGCCCGGGCGCAGCUGGCGCGGUCGGUCUAGUGCAGCGCUCGGCUCCGCGCCUCGGGCGCUCGGCUUCACCUUCAGAGGCGCGGGGCGUGCGCGUCCUCCUCCCCGGGCCGCCCGCCUCCCCGCCAAGGUCCUUGCUGCCCUCUGCCAUGCUCUCCAGGUAAGACAUGCCCCUCCGCGGGGCAGGCGCACUUCUGCAGCCGGCAAGUGGGAGGCUCGCCUGAACAUGGAGAGAUAAGACGCAGGCCCGCGUGACCGAGCGCCGUGCCCGCCCCGGCCGGGCGAGCCCUCGUCGUCGAGAUGGACCGCCCCCGAGAGGCCGAGAUGGAGCUGAGAAGGGGCCCCAGCCCACCCAGGGCCGGCAGGAGCCCCGAGGCGGACGGGGACAAGGCGCUGAGCCACAGCUGCUGCAUCUGCGGCAAGAGCUUCCCCUUCCAGAGCUCUUUGUCCCAGCACAUGCGCAAGCAUACGGGCGAGAAGCCCUACAAGUGUCCCUACUGCGACCACCGGGCUUCCCAGAAGGGCAACCUGAAGAUCCACAUCCGCGGUCACCGCACGGGGACUCUGAUCCAGGGCCACGAGCCCGAGGCGGGCGAGACGCGCGUGUCCGAGGGCCUGGACGGCUGCGCCAGCCCCACGAAGAGCACCUCGGCCUGCAACAAGAUCCUGAACGGCGCCACCCAGGUGGACAGCGGCAAGAUCCUGCUGAGGAGCAGCAAGAAGGAGGCGGAGGGGGCGGAGGGGGCGGCGUGCGCGGCGGAGGAGGCCAAGGCGGCGGCGGUGGGGCAGUGCGCCUUCUGCAAGAGCAAGUUCGAGCGCAGGAAGGACCUGGAGCAGCACGUGCAGCAGGCGCACAAGCCCUUCAAGUGCCGGCUGUGCAGCUACGUGACCCUGCGGGAGGAGUCCCUGCUCAGCCACAUCGAGAAGGACCACAUCACGGCCCAGGGGCCCCGCGGCGGCGACGCCUUCGCAGAGAACGGCAAGCCCGAGCUGCCCCCCGGCGAGUUCCCCUGCGAGGUGUGCGGCCAGGCCUUCAGCCAGACCUGGUUCCUGAAGGCGCACAUGAAGAAGCACAGGGGCUCCUUCGACCAUGGCUGCCACAUCUGCGGCCGGAGAUUCAAGGAGCCGUGGUUCCUGAAAAACCACAUGAAGGCGCACGGCCCGAAGGCGGGGAGCAAGAACAAGCCCCGGAGCGAGCUGGACCCCAUCGCCACCAUCAACAACGUGGUGCAGGAGGAGGUGAUCGUGGCCGGCCUGAGCCUCUACGAAGUCUGCGCCAAGUGCGGGAACCUGUUCACGAACCUGGACAGCUUGAACGCGCACAACGCCAUCCACCGCCGGGUGGAGGCCGGCCGGCCGCGGGCCCCUGUCGGGGAGGGCCCGGCGCCCGGCCCCGCCGACUCCCAGCAGCUCUUCCUUCAGUGCCUGAACCUGCGCCCGGCGGCUGGCGCGCCCGCCCGCGGGCAGGCCGGGCGGCGCGUGGCCGAGCUGGACCCGGUCAACAGCUACCAGGCCUGGCAGCUGGCCACGCGGGGCAGGGUGGCCGAGCCGGCCGAGUACCUCAAGUACGCGGCGUGGGACGAGGCGCUGGCUGGGGACGUGGCCUUCGACAAGGAGCGGCGUGAGUUCAUCCUGGUGAGCCAGGAGAAGCGCAAGCGCGAGCCCGAGCCCGGCGCGCAGGGGCCCCCACGCAAGAGGGCGGGCGCGCCCGGGGACCCCGCGCCCGGGCCCCCGGACCCCCGGCCGGCCGCGCGCCCCAGCCGCCGCGCCGCCGCCCCCGCCGGCCACGGCAAGUCGUCCGAGUGCUUCGAGUGCGGCAAGAUCUUCCGCACGUACCACCAGAUGGUGUUGCACUCGCGGGUGCAUCGCCGCGCGCGCCGCGACCGUGACCGCGACGGCCCCGGGGACCGCGCGCCCCGCGCCCGCUGCGGCUCGCUUAGCGAGGGCGACUCGGCCUCGCAGCCCAGCAGCCCCGGCUCGGCCUGCGCCGCCGCCGACUCCCCGGGCUCCGGCCUGGCCGACGAGGCCGCCUACGAGAGCGGAGAGGAGGGCGCGGCCCACCCUGCACCAGGGACAAAGCCACACCGCUGCUGCUUUCCUGAAGAAGUAGCCUCCAGUGCGCUCUCCAACGGAGACCAAAGUCACACACUUGGAAAUAACCCAUCGGGAAGAGCUGCCAGGGAGCCCGGCGCGGGGAUCGCAGCUUCUGUGUCCGUACUUGAAAGCAGUAGCAGAGACACUUCCAAGAGAGCAGAGCAGCCUAGGUUUUCUGUGGACUUAAAGAUGCCAGCAUUUCACCCCAAGCAAGAAGGCCCCGGCUCCAGGGAUGCUGCGGACCUCCCUUCACGUCCCCCUCAGACUGCGGAUCUGCAGCUCCCCUCUGAGAGCCAGGCCGCCCACCCGCAAGAGAAGCUGUCCGAUUUGCACAACACGGAGCAUUCCGGGGGAGGGAAAAGGGCGCCGGCCCCCGACCUGAUCCCGCUGGACCUGAGUGAGCGGUCGACUCGGGCUGACCCCAGCCGCAAGGAGCUGGCCUCCUCCCUGCCGGCUGCGCUGGCCGUGCACCCGUGUCCUUACUGCAGCCAUAAGACCUACUACCCCGAGGUGCUCUGGAUGCACAAGCGCAUCUGGCACAAGGUCAGCUGCCACUCCGUGGCCCCCCAGUGGAUGCAGCCCAACGGUUACAAAAGCAUCAGAAACAACUUGGUUUUCCUCACCCGGAGUGGACGCACGGGCCCCCCGCCUGCCCUCGGGGGCAAAGAGUGCCAGCCGCUGCCCAUCUCCCGGUUCACCCGCACUCAGGUGCCGGGCGGGGUGCCGGGCCCCAAAGGGAGCCCCUCGCCCCUGGGGAUGCCCACGAAAGCCGCCGGCUUGCCCAGGAGCAAGGAGAGCCACCCCGGCGGGCCCUGCGCGCUCUGGGCGGCCGGCCCCGACGGGCAUCGGCAGACCAAGCCCGGCCCCGGCCCCGGCCCCGAGCAGCCCGGGGCUCCGCCGCCCCCGUCCAAGCCCAAGCAGGAGGCCGGCCCCAGAGCCGGGCCCGCGGCGGGCAGCGGGGGCUUCAGCAGAAGUGCCACACCGACGCCCACCGUCAUCGCCCGGGCGGCUCCCCAGCCCCCGGCCAACAGCAGGCAGGGGGACAAGUAUGGCCUCCCCCCAGCGGGGGCCGGCCUCGGUCCCCCAAAUAAGCACAGUGCCCUGGACCCGCCCAAAGCCAAAUUCAGCCCUCAGCCUCAGGGUCAGCCGCAUGGGAAAGGUGACGGGGGCCCCCCUCUACCUCCCCGAGAGCCCCCCGCCAAGGUCGGCUCCAGAGGGACUGCGGCCUCGCAGGCCCAGCCCGUCCUGCACACCAUCAAGCAAGAGCCUGCGUCCGAGGGCCCCGAGAAACGCCUGGACAUCCUCAACAUCUUCAAGACGUACAUUCCAAAGGACUUUGCUUCUCUCUACCAGAGCUGGGGCGGCAACGGCCCUGCGCUCGAGCACAGAGGGACGCUCCGGACGCCGGCCCACCAGGGAGACUUCGUCUGCGUGGAGUGUGGAAAGUGCUUCCACCAGCCCAGCCACCUCCGGGCCCACACGCGGGCUCACACAGUGCUGUUUGAGUCUAACGGCCUCCGAGGUGCUGAAGCCCACGCCACCUCUGCAGACGCCCCCAAACAAUAUUUAUUGCGCACGUCCUGUGUGCCAGGCUCUGUCACGUUGGUGGAGAUAACGAGGAUGUUGGGAGACAAGGGGAGAGACCAUUCUAAUGCAGAUACUGUCCAAACAGUGCCUCUCAGAAAGGGAACCUAGAGACACGCUUUCACCAUCCCCAGUGCCCCGGGACAGCGUCCGCAGUUCCCUUGUGGAUGUCCCGACCGUGACCCCGACCGCCCCGUGGAAGAACUCCCGACCGGACACCUCAGAUCCUGCAGCCGCUGGGCGGGGCGGAAGCUGAAGGGAGGGCUUCUCCUUGUUACACGUUAAACAUCAACGAAGAUGCUCGACUUAGAAUUACAUGUAGAUAUUCUAUAUGCAUAUGCGUGCUCACCGACCAUAGUCGUAUUUUCUUAUAACAAACAGUGGAGGUGGGAGGCACGGUAGGAGCACAAAGCAUCGAUAUCGUUCAAGACAGGUUUGAGACACUGGAAGAAAGAUGCUCGUGUGUGUCGGACAGAGUGAAGCAGCCAAGCACUGUAACAGAAGCCGCCGCCAAUGCUCAGAGGCCCGUUGGAGGUGACGUCAGGACAGACAGCGGAGGGGUCCAGGUUGACGGGAGUUCUGACGCUCUGGCCUCUCCUUGUCUUAGUGGGUAUUUAAAAUAGUGAAUAAAAGAGGAAGGAUGGGCGUUGAGGUGCUGUGGAAACAGGCUCAAUGGGGGGCGGGCGGGUGAUGAGGUCCUCCUUCCUCAGUGGUCCCAUCGCAUCCCCUUGGGGGCCCUCUGCGUUUCCCAGGUGUGUCCCUCUCUCCCAUCUGUGCUCAGUGAAUCCGGCAGAGGAAACACAUCCGUGGGAAGGCUUUUAUUGUGCUUCGGAAAAGAGAGCUAGUUGAACACUAAGAAAAGCAGGCUUCUUUGUUUAUUCUCAGGACCUUUUGGUAACAGGGCUACAUUCUGCAAACUGCUUACGACGGAAGACUGCCCGUCUUAACAAAUUAUCUGGCCACUGAACCCCCCUCGAUUUGGACCCUUUUAGUCAUAGUGGGAGGAUCCCUGAGCUCGUGGGGGGCCCAGGUCGCCGGGGUCCUGGUGCUCUGGGGCCUCCUGCGCCCCUCUCCCUCCCUGCCUUCCCGUCCGUCUGUCCCAGCAAGUAAGCGUCUUUCCUUCUUGGGCUGGGGAGCCUCCAUGGGACGAGUCCCUUCAUUCCCGGAGUGUGGAGGCCCCCCGGCCCGUGGGUUGGGCAGCUUUAUAUACCUCUUCCUCGGUCGCGCAGAUGCCAGUUUUAGCGGUGGGGAGUUAAGGGCCGUAACAAAGGGUCUUAAACCUUGCAGUGUACGCAGUUAAAAUUGUAUUCCACAGAUAUAAAUAUUUUCUUUUUCUAUUACCAUGACACCGUGUGUGAUGGUAAUGUUUCUGAGAGUUUCAGAUUUUUGCACAUAAUGAUUUUAUGCAUUAUCAAAAGUUACUGCUGCCUUGAAUGAAAAUGUUCUGUGAAAUUUUUUGCAAAAGCUUUACUAGGUUUUUUUUAAUUGUGAAAUUUUGUAAAGGCAGGAAAUGGAUUAAAACGAGCAUGCUAAAUAUAUUUUUCAAAAAAGCAAUAAUUUUACAUGUACAGAAAUUAUCCUAAUCUUUAAUACUGGUGAGAGCGACAGUUUACUUAAUACAGUAAUGGAUUAGUGCAGUUUUUGUAGAAAAUGGGCUUCUGAUACAAAGACUUGUUUAAACACACACACACACACACACACACACACACACACACACACACACCGUAAAGUGUGGUUUUCCUGUUCUAAUGAUUUGUUGAAUUAUAUUAUUAUUAUUAUUAUUGUUAUUGUUGUUGUUGUUCUUAGUUAAUGUUUGGUUCUGGAUUCUACUUGUUACUGAAUUUAAAUUACUUGACGGUUCAGGUUACUUUGCAACAUUUGCAAACAAUGCAAUGUAACUGGCUAGCUUAUAUCUAUAAAUAUAUAUAUACAUGUAUAUACACACACAUAUAGCUGCAUAUAUGUGUGUGUAUAUAUAUAUAUAACUUUUUUACUUAUUUUUUCCUGAUAUUCUUACACCGGAUAUGUACCAGAAUGAUCUGUCGUGUUGGUGUCAUUAGGAAUGUCCUUGCAGAUGCGAUUCAGUGACUGUCCUCUAAAGUUAUUUUGAGCAAAGUUUCAGAGAUACAUUCCUCUGUUCACCCUAGAAAUCAGCAUGCCUUUCUGUUGACUUACGUUUGAUCAUUUCCGUAGUCUCCCCACAGUGAUCGUUCCUGCAUUUUCUGGCUUUUAUUUUCUUGGCUGACAGUGAAGGGUGACAGUUCAGGAACGCACAGGGGCUGAUGAUUCGGUCUGUUUCUCUGUGUUUUCGUUAUUCAGAGGAAUUCUGUACCCAAAGCGACACGGAGGAGUCAUGUACGUUCUUACCGUUUCAGUGGCGGCCUUCAGAGCCGCAGGUGUCAUCCCGGAGACCCCUUUGCGGGGGGCGUGGUGGAGAGGGGCGUGUCCCGGGGUCCCAUUGGCCGGACACGCAGCCCGAGCCAGUUGGAAUACUUGUUUCUGCCCGGAGCACAGAAAUAAGGUUUUCCCUUAAUUCAGCAGACGGGGGUCGGGGCGAGGGGGGCGUCCAAGAACACCACCCUCCAAGGCAAGCCGUCCGGGGGCCCGACUGUACUUCCUUUCUUCCACUGAGCACAGUAUUGUAUUGGUUUGUUCAUGUGUUUGUGUCAGUUUGACCAUAGUAUUUAAUACGAUUUGUGUUUUUCUUAUUUAUUUAGCCAAUGUGUUUUGAAUCACUUUUUUUCGAUUGAUAAUUUCCACAUGGUCUCUCCUGUAAGUCACCCUCUGACUGUUACAGACUUUCUACUACCUCUACCAAUCUGCUGUUUCCUUGUUUCUUAACAGGAUUUGACAGUGUUGGCGUCAAUGUAACUUAGACAAUAAAGGGUUUGGUUGUCUACACUGCAGCUUCUCCAUGUGUCUCCCGGCCCCUGCUUGCAUACUCCUGCUGCUGCUCUCACCCCCCCUCCUCCCCUCCUCACCCUCGUCCUCAUUGUUGUAACACAGAUAACGAGCUUAGAGACUCUUUCAGGUUAUUCACUCAUAUUCCUUAAUUUGAAGAAUGAACAUUUAAAUUCUCUGAACAAUUCAGCUGUUCAAGCAUCUUCUCUGGGCAUUUGUCAGCCGUUCUGUCACUUUUCUCCCCUGGUUCCUGGAAGGCCUUGGGGCCAUCUCAGAUGGAUGCGUUUCACCUCGGUCAUGGCCCAGUACAGAUUUUCAAACCAAGUGGAUUUUGCCUUUUUGGUUUUGAAAAGUAUUCAGUGCUUUAAGAGAUGCCUCCCAAUAUUUACUUAUUUAUUUUUUAAACCCAAGAAAGACACUAGUUUCUUGAAGGUGCUCCAGGAAAUGGCCCCGGGGAUGACAUAUAUAUGCCACUUUGGUGAGCUUAGGGAGCAUUGGUUUUGCCCAGGAUGUCGAGAACCAUCUUCAGAUCUGGCCGCUCUGUCACAGGUUGUACAGUGGCAGGCAAACAGUACACGGGGGCACGUGCACACGCAGGGUCAUCAUUCGGCAGGCCUCUGGGGUGUGGCCUUGGACCCAGCAGGUCGCAGGUGACACCUCCCUGCUGUCUCCCAGGCACCUGGCUCAGGUAGCUGCACCUUCUUUCCACCAGGAGAGAGAGUGUAGCCCACAGGGUCACAGAAGGCGACUGGCAGUUCUCGGUCUGUGCCUGGAACGCAGCGCACCUCCUGGAUUUUCACGGCCAGAUUCUCUUUACCAACAUGCCGUCUUGAAAACAGGCAAAUCACCCCCUGGGGGGUGUGAUCGAUGCACAAAAAAACAGCUGCGUUUGGACAACUUUACUUUUCCACUUUCAGAAUGUCUCCGUGUCUGAAGCAGCGUGUGCUGUUUCACUGCUUUUAACUCGGGUGUGUUCUAAUCGCAGGACAUUUUAUACACUGAGCAAAAAGAAAGAGAAUAAAAAAAUUACAGGCCAGGACUUCAAGGGAUGGUUUAGGUGCCCCCGUAGUGUGUCUGUGUGGAGUGACUGAGGGAAAAUGUUCAUUCUUCAACUUUGCUAAUUAUGCUUUGAGGCAGUAAAAUGCAAAAGACCAUAGAGUUUGUAUUUCUUUUUUAAAAUACAAUUUAUAACAUUAUAUUUUGUACUCUUUAUAUUAGAAUUUGUAACUAGAUUGAUGUAUUUAACUCUAUUUCUGAAAAAAUAAUUCAAUGUUUCAGUUGUGUGAUAAAAAAUAUUUAGAGAAAACAUAUUCAUUCUAUUGGAAACUGAAAUCAAUAAAAACAUGUUGGAGUUCUUGA